GCCGGCGCUACUGCUACUGCCGCUGCUGGUGAUGGUGGUGGCAGUGGUGGUGCGGGCGCGGUAGAGCCGCCGCUGCCCGAGCCCCUCCUCCCGGCGGCAGCAUGCCCAGCAAUCACUGCCGCGGCGGCGGCACCGCGCCGCCCUCCGGCCGGGAGGCGCCUGCCAACAGCGCCCGCCCCGUCGGCGGAGCCACGGCCCGUCCCCUCCCCGCGCUCCUCCCCGCCGCGUGGCUCUCCCCUUCGGCGGCAGUUUUGGUUGUGUCCUUCUCUCCCGGCUCUCCUCCAUCCUUCUGUAUCUCUGGCGGGGCUAUGGCCGCUUCCGAUGCCGACGGGCACCUGCAAAAUGUUGGCUGUCGAACUUUGUCCUUGUCUGCGCAUGUUGGGUUUGACAGCUUACCUGACCAACUGAUUAGGAAAUCCAUCAAGCAUGGCUUCUGCUUCAACAUUCUUUGCAUUGGGGAAACUGGAAUUGGGAAAUCAGCCUUGGUGAGCAGUUUGUUUAACACUGAUUUUGCGGACUCUCCGUCAACACAUUUUCUGUCAAGUGUGCGACUUAGAGCCCAGACUUUUGAACUCCAGGAAAGUAAUGUUCUUUUAAAGCUGACAGUUGUAAAAACAGUGGGAUUUGGUGACCAGGUCAACAAAGCAGAUAGCUAUCAGCCAAUAGUGGAUUAUGUAGAUGCACAAUUUGAAGCCUAUCUUGAGGAAGAACUGAAAGUUAUACGUUCUUUAUUUAACUACCAUGAUACUCGCAUCCAUGUCUGCCUCUAUUUCAUUUCACCUACAGGCCGUUCUCUAAAAACCAUAGAUUUGUUAACUAUGAGAAGCCUAGACAGUAAGGUGAACAUUAUACCAGUUAUAGGCAAAGCGGACAGCAUUUCUAAAUCUGAGCUACAAGAGUUCAAGAAGAAAAUAAUGAGUGAAUUAGUUAGCAAUGGCAUCCGGAUAUACCAGUUUCCUACUGAUGAUGAAACUGUAUCUGAGAUAAAUGCCAUCACAAAUGGUUAUUUGCCAUUUGCUGUGGUAGGAAGUAUGGAGAAGGUGAAAAUUGGAAACAAAAUGGUGAGAGCUCGUCAAUACCCUUGGGGCAUUGUAAAAGUGGAAAAUGAGAACCACUGUGACACUAUAAAACUUCGCAGGAUGCUUUGCACAAAUAUGGAAGACUUAAAGGAGAAGACUCGAGCAUAUUAUGAGUCAUACAGACGCUGCAGGCUCGAAAAGUUGGGUUGCAGAGACAUUGGCCCUGAGAACAAACCGGUCAGUCUACAGGAAGUCGUUGAGGCAAAGAGGCUCGAGUUCUGCCUUGAAGUGGAAAGAAAAGAAGAGGAGAUUAAGCAACGAUUUGUGCAGAGAGUGAAGGAGAAAGCAGCAAUGUUGGAAGAGGCAGAGCAACAGGUACUGACUAAAUUUGAACAUCUUAUGCUAAUGCAUCAAGAAGAGGAGCUGAAAUUAGGGGAAAAGAAAAAACUUCUAGAAGAUGAAAUAGCUCAGUUUAUUGAGAAGAAAACUGUCACUGAAUCUAUUCAGUCACAAGUGUCUGUCUUUACCCCUGGUGUUAGUUUGAAGACACAAGGUCUGCGAAAAAACCAAGAUUUUCAACUUGAAGUCCAAUGCUUUCAUACCAGAGAUGAAGGAACUAUGAAUGUUGGAGAGCAGAGCGAGAGGGCGAGUGAGAAGGAGGAGUUAGAGAGAGAAAUUCACCCAGGGAAUUUCAGGAAUAGUAUUUGAUUGCAGCACUCAGGUUUUGAAUGCUAGGGUAUGUUAGAAGUUUUAUGAAGCGGUCUAACUGCUGUUGGCACUUACUAGAUGUGUCUUCCUAGUACAGGUUUUUGAGAGAAGAGAUUAAUAAAAUUGGCUGUAAAAACAUGAAGUGCAGAAUAUGACCCAAUAAAGAUUUCAAUUUCUUCCCAACCACACACUUCUUUCUUUCACCACUCUCAAAAUAAAAACUUGAAAAAUUGUGAAAAUUCAGAAAUACUUUCAAAAGUAGUGUCCAGAAUAACAUGCUCAACUGAUUUAUAUUAAAAACAUUGAAUUAAAUACUCAUAUAUUAAAUUAAAGUGACUUAAAUGUUUUUCUCCUCCAAAACCGUAAGUCAAUUAACUUACUAAUUUUCUUUCCUGAUAAUUUACAAAUUUACUGCAGAUAACAUUUUGUUAUCUAUGAUAACUAACUAACUUUUGUUAUCUAUGUAACAUUUUGUUAAUUAAUAACUUCCUGCAGUUGAAAACAGAUUUCUUGGUUCUGAAUUUAUUUAUAACGGCUAUAUUCUGAAGAAUUUUAGAAGCUACCUUGGUGCACAUAUUUCUACAGAUAUCAUCAAGCUUUGACAUUUUUGGGGUGUAUGCUAGAAGCCUAAUUUGGCCAAAGUUUAUUGCAUUUCAACUACUGUUACCAAAUUCCAUUUCCUAGAUUCCUUUCUUUCUGGAUUUGCAUAUGAAAGUGGAAUUCUUGGUAACAGAAGUCAUUAUCUGCACUACUACGAGUAACUCCUCUGGUUUAGUUUUAUUUCUUCAGAGUAUGCUAAGUUUAUAUCCUUGCUGUGGUUUUUCAGUUCCAGCUUUAUGUAGUACUGAUGACAGAAGACACAAUAUUGGUAAUUUCUCAUGAGGAAGCAGUGAUUCAUGGUGUACUCUUGAAGGUAUAGGAGUUCCAGUUUCUUACUAAAAUGUUUGGCUAAUAUCUCUUGUUGCUGCAUUCUGCAAAAUAAUAAUUUUUAAGCAUGAUCUGUAUGCCACACAGUGUGGUGGUUACUGUCAUUGUCAUCACAGGGUUUCUGUUACAGCUCUGCCUUGAUAUAUAUUUGCCUUACAUAAGUAUGGUCAACUUGCUUUAAUUUUAAAUGCAUUAUGCCAAAGAAGGUGUCCCUGCCAUAAACAGUUCUAUUCAGACAAUGAACAGUUUAGUAUAAAAGUAUUCUGGGAAUAUAUCCACUGCAAGCUUCCUGAAGAGUUCUUUUCAAAUGGUAUUGUUUAUUAGACCAUUAAGUGUUAUUUAAUACAGCUAUUGACAUAUUUGAACCAUUUACUCAUUUUGCUAAUAGAUUUUUGCUUAUAGGCUUUUAUGUACAAGCAGUGUUCUGAAUUUCAGAUACAGUCUUUAAUCAAAAUUUACUGAGAUAUUUUUGCAAUGCUGUACUGUUGCAGGAUAGUUAAUCUGAUACUACUAACUCAGUAUGGAAAGUACCUAUAUUUGAUGGUUUUGAGUGUGGUAUUUAGUUACAGUUGAAGAUUUAUGAAAACUCCAGGUUGGUUAAAACAAGUUCUAAGUGCUUUGUAUGUUUUCAGUAGUCAUGAUAACUAAUGGGAAACUAUAAGAGGUACAAUUCUCUGGAGUUGUGUUGUUUGACUGUUUAAAAAUGAAAUACUAAUUUGACAGAAAUAAAAUAGAUUGGUUUUGCUUAA